CUCUCUCUCUCUCUCUCUCUCUCUCUCUCUCUCUCUCUCUCUCUCUCGGGAGCUGCACGCACGCAUAUAUUCGCCGCCCGCUACAGCUAACAACGCACUGUAUAGUCCUCCGCGCGCGCGGGGCCACGGAAGGGAGAGAGCGAGCGAGCCGAGUAGCGCUGCACCCCCGACGAUCGUCGCGCUGCACAGUUCUCCGAGUUCUCCACGCGCGCGCACGCAGUGUCCGUGUCACGCAGCGCUGCAGCAGAGAGGGCCUUUCACCGCCGGCGCGCUGCUGCUCUCGCGGACUGGCAGACCCCGGCCGUCUAUCUCUCUCUCUCUCUCUCUCUCUCUCUCUCUCUCUCUCUCUCUCUCUCUCUCUCUCUCGCUCAGGCUCACCUAUCGGCGGAGAACAUCCCUCGCGGGAGAUGACCGCUCGCUCGGAGGGAUGAAGCGAGACUGAGAGAUCGCCCAUCGGCGGCGACCGCUGCACGUGCGAGCGUCGAGCAGCGGAGAGGAGCACCGCGGGAGCGCGAAGAGGGAGCUGACUCGAGAUAGAAGGAGCGAGAGAGAGAGAGAGAGAGAGAGAGAGAGAGUGACGGGCAGAGAGCGCCGCGCGCGCGACAGUCGCGCGCGCUCGCCGUAAAAUGAUUUCCGCAAGACUGGAGCGCUCGAGUUCGCCUCGGAUUAUCGGCAAGAGAACGUCGCCGCUGCCACCGCCGGCCCACCGCCGCUGAGAGAGAAACACGCGCAUGCACGAUCGGCGAUGGAAUUAAGUGCAUCGGUCGCGAUCCUCGAUCCCCGGCCUACUCGACGUUACGCGCUCCUGCCCUCCGCCGCCGCCGCCGCCGCCGCCACCAGCACGUGUGAGCAAGAAAGCAGUGCGAUGCAGUGCGCGAUCGGUCGUCGGCAGCAGUAGUAGCAGCCGCCCCGCGAGCAAGAUCGGCCGCCGGGGAGGACGCGCGGGAUCGGCGCUCGCUCUCCUCUCCCUCUCUAUCUAUCUCUCGUUCGCGCGCACGCAUAUUGCCUGCGAUAUCGAUCGCUGCGAGAGACGAAACCGUCGACUCGAAUACGACGCUCAACGCGCAGGAGAGACGUGUGCGAGUGCGCGUGUAGUUUGCGGACUUUGCCGGACGCCGACGGAGACAGCGAGUGCAGCGUCGCCAGUGCUUUUCUCCGGAGUGUUAAUGGCUAGAAUUUGACGCCCUACAAGUUUACGGCAAACGAAACCGCUAGAAAGGAAGAACCGCAGAUGCCGAAGAGCGGGACAAAGCAAUAGGCAGACCGCGAGCGAAGUUCAGUCACGAGGGAAACCACGCACGCACACGCGGGAGAGAAUGAAGCUGCCGGCUGCGAUCCAGCACGGCUACCAGUGACAGUUCCGCUCGGCUGCGGCGAUCGAAAGUUCGAUUCGAGGGAGUGUGAGAGAGAGAGAGAGAGAGAGAGAGAGAGAGAGAGAGAGAGAGAGAGAGAAAGAGGAAAACCGAGAACAAGACUCCGACCCGGCUGCAGAGUCGCGCAAGAUGAUCACGAGGACGGUGCUGCUCGCGCUUCUCAUGGUCGCGAGCUGCUCGCCGAGGAGGACGCUGGCGAUGGGUAGUGCCGGCGGCAGCAGCUGCAACACCUGUCGGCUCCACGAGGAGAUACGGGCCAUGAGCCUCGAGGCCAUCAAGGAGCAGAUCCUCAACAAGCUCGGGCUCAAACAGGCGCCCAACAUGACCGGCAGGGCCCUGCCCAGGAUACCGCCGAUCUCCAAGCUCAUGGACAUGUACGGCAUGCAGGCCGACCAGCCCUUGGAGCCCGGCAUAACGCAUCACGAGGAGAUCGACGAGUUCGCCGCCAAGACCGAGAGCGUCUUCGCCUUCGCUCAGCCUCAUCAGCGGCUAAGGCAUUCGAAGGGCAACUUGGACGUGCUGUACUUCAAGUUCUCGGACAAAAUAGUCCAGCACAGGGUAACGCGGGCCGAGCUCUCGCUUUGGAUCUACGGGACGCAAGAGCAGCAGUCGAGCGAUAGCGGCAGUGACGACAGCGAUUCGGACUCGCUACUCGGCCCAAGUAACGACUCCGGCGGCGGCACUAUCACGAUAACGCUACAGCGGAUAAUGCGUGGCUCGACAGAUGCGGGCGGUCCACAGUUGGGGCCGCCUCUGACGACGAAACAUCGGCGACCGGUCGGCAGACGCGGCACGUGGGUGACCAUAGAGCUGAGGCGCAUGGUGGCCGAGUGGUUCAAGCACCCGCGCGACAAUCUCGGCGUCGCGGUCAAGAUCACGCUGCCGAACGGCCGCAGGCCGGGCAGAAACUUCAGACCUGUGGAGACCAGUCCCGACGCCGAAGACGCGCCGUAUCUCGAGGUCCAGACGCAGGAGCUCGACUCCAGGAGGGGCGGCAGGGUCAAGAGGAACGUCGGCCUCAACUGCGACGAGGCUAGUCAGGAGACCAGGUGCUGUCGCUACAAACUCACCGUCGACUUUGAGAAGUUCGGAUGGGACUGGAUCAUCGCGCCGAAAAAGUACGACGCGAAUUACUGCUCAGGAGACUGUCCAAUGGCGUUUCUUCCAGCCUACCCAAACACACACAUAGUGAGCUUGGCGGAGCCGCCGAACAACACGGGGCCCUGUUGUGCCCCGCGGAAGCUCUCGGAGAUCACGAUGCUGUACUUCGACAACGAGUACCAGAUCGUCUUCUCGCGGCUGCCCGGCAUGGUCGUCGAGCGCUGCGGCUGCUCAUAGUCCCAUAGCGAGGAUGACGAAGAUGCAGCAGCCGACGACGUCGACGAGCAGACUGGCGGAGAACCGCGAAAAAACUCCUCUUCUCCUUUCUCGAGAUCCUGUGCCGGCUCGUGUGGAGAGCGCGCGAGUGCGGGGGUCAGAUUGAUAAGACGAGUACGCGUGAAUUUGGCCGACUGGUAAGAAGCCUCUCGGCGCCGCCCGCUACCGAUGUCGUUUCUUCUGCCGAACAUUCGUUUUCUUCAUCGAUAGACUGAAGUGCCUUGGUGGAUGCAAUUAAGCGUCGCGUUGCCGCGCGAUCCACGUUGUCUCGGAAUGAAUUCGAGAGACGAGGCACACAUUACAAGGAAGAGAGCGCGCGUGAUUUCGAGCAAAAGGAUGAGAAAAAAGACGGCGGUGAUCCAUUGCAAGGCGGAUAGUUCCUAGUGUCACGGUAUUAUUUUAAGGUACCAUCGCGUUUGCCGAUAUAGCCGGGAAUAGAACCAUGAACUUACUAAACACGUACUCAUUGAAUACGAGCAAACUUUUUUAGCGAACUUUUGCACCGACAGCACCAUUUUAUACGAUUCACACGAGAGCUGUAAUGUUUGUCACGUUCGUGCGGAAUUAUCAUAGCUUAUUCACACGCGGUACACCUUCAUCGGUCGGUUAAUUUUAUUCUUAAUUUCUCGCUGCUUAUAUUGUCAAGUAUUUUACUCCCUUCAUUGAUAUCGCUCCGUUUUUAGAAAAAUUGCUGCUGCCGUCGAUGGAAACGCGAUGGUCUAAGGAUCUCGGUGUACAGUUAAUUCGUUAUUUCGUUUUCCUUUCUUUUUUUUUCUAUGUUUUUUUUCUAUAUAAGUAGUAAUGGAAUGUGUGCGAUGUACGAAUGCGCGUAGAAGCGAGUGCGAACACGAGUUUAUAUAAGGAAAUUUCACAUAUUUGUGAUGUGUACAUAAAUGAAAUGAAAAAAAAUAAUAAUAAUACAAGCGUAAUUUUAAUAUUAAUAUUGAUAAUUAUUGUUUUACUAUACGGAUCUAAAAUAUAAAUGAAAUGAUACGAAACGGGGUGCAGUAUAGUGUGUAACAGGAGAGCGAAGACAAAAUAAAAAUUGUUAAAACGACGGAUCCCGAGAUCGCGUAAUUCUCGAGGAUCACCCACACACACACACACAUACACACACACAUCCACUCUUUGGCACGGAUUCUCGUAAUAAGUUAAUUUCUAGGUACGUUGCAUGUAAGCUGUAUAGAUACGGAGCUAGGCGUUCGGUCGCCUCUUUCAAUCGUCACCAUAACACCUCCACCAUCACGCGCACAACUAUACUUAUACCCACCUCAACUCACAUGCUAACUCACACACACUGCACGAACCUGUAGUAUCACUUUGAAAAUUAUAAUUCGCUUAGCGUCGAAAUUGCGCGUAAAUAUGCACAAAAAACAGCCAGUGUGUAUGCAAGCAAACGCGAAAGGAAGGUGGAUAGGAUACAAACACGCUGAUGCCAUAUGCACCCAAUCGCGCGAGCAUAUUUUAUACCUUACUCCUUCAUCUUCUAGAUGCAUUUAUACAUUAUAUAUAUAUAUAUAUAUAUAUAUAUAUAUAUAUAUACCCUCUAUCAUCGACUCAGGGCUCCUCGUGGCAGUAACUUAAGCGAUAUAUAGUAAGUAAGCGAUUUGUCGAUAUGAUUAAGCGCGAGACGGCGAGACGAUGAUUAAUUUAUGCUUCACACUACACAUACACACUCACACACGUGCACUUACACGCGAACACACGCGCACUUAUACGUUGUACGAACGAUAGAUCUUUAAGAAGAAGCGAAUCCCAUUCUGUCCCAGUCAUUCUCUCCCCCCUCCUCUGUCUAUCCUACCCGUCUUUUCCUCUUUGAACCUUUUUUAUUUGCUCCAGAGAUAUGCGACUCGUCACCAAUCUACUUUUUCGCGCUACUAUCGCUCAUUAAGGCCUCGCUAGACGUAGACUUUUUAUUUUCAUUGAGAGUAUCGCUAAUCCUCGACGAGGCGCAUCUUGAAUUUUUACCUUUGUCAGUGUAUAAAAUAAUGGCUAAGAUUAAUCGAAUUGUGUAUUUCAGUAUCAAAACGAAACAACAAAUCUACUUAUAUGUAUAAUGUGUACUUCUCUUGAAUAGAGGCAAUAGAUAGAAUAUUUAUUCAAAUUAAUAAAUGGUUUUUCGACACAUAA